UGAACCCUUUACAGCUGGUGCAAGGCUGCCCAUAGUUUGAACCUUUGUGUCUGCAGAAUACCGGGUUUCAUUCGUGAUGUCAUCUUAGACCCUGGGGUAGGGGUGCGUGUAGGAGAGACACCUCCAGCCCCUGGGGAAACGCUCCCCUUGCGGGUUUGACUUCCUGAAAUCCAGACAGUUGACAGUCACGACAGGAGUAGAGGCAGGUGACACAGAGUGGUCAGACUCCGGCCUGGGGGGAUAGGGAUGUAACAGUGAGGGGCUGGUCCCCAGCGUCCAGACAUGAUCCUUCUGUUUACUUUGUUUCUGGGAGCUGGGAGAAGUAAAGGCCGUGUUUGUUUUGGGCAGAUGUGUUCUGAAUGUCCAACACUGCCGGCCACGCUCCCAAUGUUAACCUCUGUUCGUCCACGUGGCACCCUGGGGUGAUGCAAGGUCCUCCUCCCUUUGCUGCGGCCCUGGGUGACUUGGGAUCUAGGGGCACCUCCUUUUCUCCCCAGCCAAGGGGGCCCAUGGUCACACCCAGUUCUAGCCGCUGGCUAGGACAUCCCAGCUCCCAGAAUGUCCUUGCAUGAGUGAAGCUGUGGCCUGUGGGGGGUAUGACUCUCAUGCUUGCCCAUGGGCUAUGGGGGGAAGCUCUCGACAGAUGACAGCCUUACUGAGCUCUCAGCACAAACCAUCUCUUCACAGCGAGGUCAGCUGGGGCUGGAGAGCUGGACUGUGAUCCUGGUGUGCCGACACCUGGGUGCUCCACGCCUCCCUCGCGGGGCCUCUGUGUCUGGUGUGUGGACCCCAUAGUGGCCCCCUACCGCCUUUCUGCAUGGUCUCUGUGUCUGGUGUGCGGACCCCAUGGGGGCCCUGCAGUCAGCCCUUUUGGAGUCUCCACUGAACCUUGGGUUCUGGAGGGGCCUUGUGGCUGGCGGCUGGUCCUGCCCUGGGCUGCCUUUGUGUCCUUGCUGGCCAUUGGGGGUGGGGUCCUUAACUGCCCAGGGUCCUCUUGCUGUGUGGCCGCCUGCAGGCUGAGGAGCCUGGGGUAGGAAGCCCAGGGUCUUGAUCCUAGGCUGUGCCUCCACUGCCCACUGCUGAGUGCUUCAUGUCCCAAAGCCUUUGCACUCAGGUGGUGGCACUCCGGAGGUGAAGGAGGAAGGGGCCUCAGCUUAGUCGUCUGUACAUGUGCGCAAUCAUUCUGACCUUGCAGGUUCGUUGUGGGGAUCGCGGGGGUCUCAGCAUCAGUGAGCUGAAGGGUUUGUGGCCCUGGCCGACCACCUGUGCUGUUUGUGGUGUUUUCUCCACUGUCUGCUCCCACCCCACCCCACCUCACCCCGCAGAGGAGCUGCCGAUGUCUGGGCCAGAGGGCGGAGGUGGGGUGAGCGUGGUGUGAAAGCACCUGGCUGUCCUGCUUGUGCGUCCUCUGGGGUGCUCAGAGGCUGGGGUAGGGAGAUCCCACCACCGUCCUUCUCUUGUUGGAACCUCCACGUCGAUUUGUACCUUAGUCCAUCACUGAUUUUCAGCUGGCCUGGCCAGUAGUCUGUUUCAUUGUAAUUUCUCUGUGGAAGCCUCAGUUGCCUUUCACAUCUCGGGAUGUGGCCCCGAGCUCCCCGCACAGACAUGGAAGGUGCGUGGCUCUGGUCGGGAAGCUGUUUGCCUCGUCUCCUUUCCGCCGCCCUAGGGGAGGUCUUUCAAGGCGGUCUGCAGGUCGCCCUGGUUCUUUCCAGCGUCCGUGUGGGGCUCCCUCACACAGAUGCCUUCGGGUUUCUUCAUCUUCUCUGUCUGGACGGUAGAGACACCGAGGGUGGCAGAGCCAGGCGCUGGCUGAGGUUUUUGUCUGUCCACCCACUGCACUUGGAGGGAAGGCGUCUGCGGACGGGACUGGCCUUCAGCCCCAGAGGGGAUGAUGUGGUGUGAACGUGCUGUGGACGGGGACCUGAGGCACUGAGCCCGUCUCAGCCGUCCCUCCCCCCAGGACUCUGGGAGUCGCACACUCUCCCACAGGGAGGGUCACCCUGGGCUCUCACCGGACUCGUCUUCUGGUCUCGUCUUGCCCGGCGUGGUCCUUACCAGGUGGUGGGUGUCGGUACCUGGGAGCGGAGAGGGCUUGAAGCGGAUGCCACCCCUUUGCCCUCUGGCUGCCCUCCCUCCCCGCCCCUCCCACUGGCUGGUGCCAGGCUGCCUGAGGGCUCCGCUUCUGUGCUGAGGGCUUCUUGGGGAGGCAGGGCCACUUAUCAUGGCAUCGUGUUGUCCUCAAGUUUUUGCAAAAACCUGAAUGUGUGUGGGGUAGGCAUCUCAGAGGGCAGGUUGGUGUUCCAGGAGAGGAGAGGUGAGGUCACCAUACCUCGCCACUGGGGGUGGGGCAGUCGCCUGCCAGUGUGUGCCAGGGGCUUUUUACACUGCACCCCUCAGCCUUCCAGGUCUUGUUGGGGUUGGUGUGUUUCUGCCAGGUAGCGGAGCUGGAGGCAAGCUGCACCCUCAGGGCCUGUAGUGACCACUGGCAUUCAGUGAGCGCAUGCUGGCACCAGGCGCAGCCCUAGAGCUUUAACCACAUUGGCCGGGAUUUCCCUGGCAGCACCAGGAGGGCUCCUGGGCUGGGCCUCGGGCGGCUCUGCAGUGGCUGGUGGGCUUGUGCCAACCAGAGCCCAGGGCGCCCCUCCCUCUGCCUUGCUCAAGCUCACAGUCCAUGGCUGGGCGGGGCUGCCUUCCCCACCCAGGACGAGGCCUGCACUCCGGUGUCCAUGGGCCGAGCUGGGCUCCUACUCAGCCUCUGGUUUGGAACAGUGGGCGGGUGGCUGGAAGUAGGUGGCUUGAAGGGCCUCAUCUGGCCAGGCGUUGUGUCCUGAUGGCAGCAGAAGCAGGCCCCCACGUUGAGCUGUGACCGUCUAUCCUCAUGCUUGAAGGAAGCUGGCCUGCAGCCUGGGAGCCUUCGUUUGUCCCAUGACCACUCCCACACCCCCAAAGUUGUCGCCUGGUUGGGCCCGGAAAUGGGACGUCGCGCCUCCUCGGGGAGUGUAGAAGCAGCCAGGGCCUCUCCAAGCCGCUGCUGUGACAGAAAGUGAGCGAGCUGCCAGAGGAUGUCCACCACCACGACAGUCGCCCCCGCGGGGAUCCCGGCAGCCCCGGGGCCUGUGAACCCACCGCCCCCGGAGGUCUCUAACCCCAGCAAGCCCGGCCGCAAGACCAACCAGCUGCAGUACAUGCAGAAUGUGGUGGUGAAGACGCUCUGGAAACACCAGUUCGCCUGGCCCUUCUACCAGCCCGUGGACGCAAUCAAACUGAACCUGCCGGAUUAUCAUAAAAUAAUAAAAAACCCAAUGGAUAUGGGGACUAUUAAGAAGAGACUAGAAAAUAAUUAUUAUUGGAGUGCAAGCGAAUGUAUGCAGGACUUCAACACCAUGUUUACAAAUUGUUACAUUUAUAACAAGCCCACAGAUGACAUUGUGCUAAUGGCCCAAGCCUUAGAGAAAAUUUUUCUACAAAAAGUGGCCCAGAUGCCCCAAGAGGAAGUUGAAUUAUUACCCCCUGCUCCAAAGGGCAAAGGCCGGAAGCCGUCUGCGGGAGUCCAGAGCGCAGGUACGCAGCAAGUGGCGGCCGUGUCCUCUGUCUCCCCAGCGACCCCCUUUCAGAGCGUGCCCCCCACUGUCUCCCAGACGCCCGUCAUCGCUGCCACCCCUGUACCAACCAUCACUGCAAACGUCACGUCGGUCCCAGUCCCCCCAGCUGCCGCCCCACCUCCUCCUGCCACACCCAUCGUCCCUGUGGUCCCUCCUACGCCGCCUGUCGUCAAGAAAAAGGGCGUGAAGCGGAAAGCAGACACAACCACUCCCACGACGUCGGCCAUCACCGCCAGCCGGAGUGAGUCACCGCCGCCGUUGUCAGACCCCAAGCAGGCCAAAGUGGUGGCCCGGCGGGAGAGUGGCGGCCGCCCCAUCAAGCCUCCCAAGAAGGACCUGGAGGACGGCGAGGUGCCCCAGCACGCAGGCAAGAAGGGCAAGCUGUCAGAGCACCUGCGCUACUGCGACAGCAUCCUCAGGGAGAUGCUGUCCAAGAAGCACGCGGCCUACGCCUGGCCCUUCUACAAGCCGGUGGACGCCGAGGCCCUGGAGCUGCACGACUACCACGACAUCAUCAAGCACCCGAUGGACCUCAGCACUGUGAAAAGGAAGAUGGAUGGCCGAGAGUACCCAGACGCACAGGGCUUUGCUGCUGAUGUCCGGCUGAUGUUCUCGAAUUGCUACAAAUACAAUCCCCCAGACCACGAGGUGGUGGCCAUGGCCCGGAAGCUCCAGGACGUGUUUGAGAUGAGGUUUGCCAAGAUGCCGGAUGAGCCCGUGGAGGCGCCGGCACUACCUGCCCCCACGGCCCCCGUGGUGAGCAAGGGUGCUGAGAGCAGCCGUAGCAGCGAGGAGAGCUCUUCGGAUUCAGGCAGCUCGGACUCAGAGGAGGAGCGGGCCACCAGGCUGGCAGAGCUGCAGGAGCAGCUGAAGGCCGUGCACGAGCAGCUGGCCGCCCUGUCUCAGGCCCCCGUAAACAAACCAAAGAAGAAGAAGGAGAAGAAGGAGAAGGAGAAGAAGAAGAAGGAUAAGGAGAAGGAGAAGGAGAAGCACAAGGUGAAGGCCGAGGAAGAGAAGAAGGCCAAGGUGGCUCCGCCUGCCAAGCAGGCCCAGCAGAAGAAGGCUCCUGCCAAGAAGGCCAACAGCACGACCAUGGCCGGCAGACAGCUGAAGAAAGGCAGCAAGCAGGCAUCUGCCUCCUACGACUCGGAGGAAGAGGAGGAAGGCCUGCCCAUGAGCUACGAUGAAAAGCGCCAGCUUAGCCUGGACAUCAACCGGCUGCCCGGGGAGAAGCUGGGCCGGGUGGUACAUAUCAUCCAGUCUCGGGAGCCCUCGCUCAGGGACUCCAACCCCGACGAGAUAGAAAUUGACUUUGAGACUCUGAAACCCACCACUUUGCGGGAACUGGAGAGAUACGUCAAGUCUUGUUUACAGAAAAAGCAAAGGAAACCGUUCUCAGCAAGCGGGAAGAAACAGGCAGCCAAGUCGAAAGAGGAGCUAGCUCAGGAAAAGAAGAAGGAGCUGGAAAAGCGUCUGCAGGACGUCAGCGGGCAGCUGAGCAGCAGCAAGAAACCGGCCCGGAAAGAGAAACCCGGCUCAGCACCCUCAGGGGGCCCGUCCAGGCUCAGCAGCAGCAGCUCCUCCGAGUCUGGGAGCAGCAGCUCCAGCGGGUCCAGCUCCGACAGCAGCGACUCAGAGUGAACUGGCUUCGGACAGAACGGGACAGAUGGAUGUCGCACACGCCGAGACUCUGCCGUACCCCUCUGUGGUUCAUAUACUACUUUUGUUCCAUGGUGUGCAGGUCUGCUUCUUAAUUCAGUGUUAUGAUAUCUUCCAGUUUUUGCUUUCAUAGGUCAGAGAUCUAUCUUGUGUGUGCGUUAGACUUGAUGAGAAGGUGUGAACUCUGCAGAAAGUCUCUUCGUCGUCACUGAAUUCAGUCACUUGGAGAUGACAACUUCACAUGCUAACCGAUGACCCCAGAAAACUGUGUGAGAUUCGUACUGAAGAACCUUGUGGAAUCCCUUUGCUUAGACCCAACCUGGUCGACAGCUCAAGAAAGCAUUUUUUCCAAGGAAAUGUCUCGGCCCUGGGUACUGUAUUUGAAAGCUGUUAGCUUUGUCAACAUGCAUCGUCCUUGUCAUGUGGGCCCUGAGCUCUGACCCUCGUGUCUGACGCGGCCACCUCUUUCUGGAGGGGCGGAGGACAGAUGUGCCUGCUUGUGGGGACCAGGCUGGGCCUAAGCGAAGGGUUGUCACAGCCCCAGCCCAGAGUGUGGAGCCCUUGUGGGGGUCGGGUGGGAUGUGAGUUCUCCGAUCGUGGUGAUGUCAGGAGCUCCUCGGAGGGAACAGAGCGGCUGUGUGUGCAGCCUGCAGGUUUCCAUACACUGAAGCUUUUACCUCAACUUUAAAAAAAAAAAAAAGAAGAAAAGAUU